GCGGAAUUCUCAAGCUUUAGGGUUCUUUAGAGCGCCCGGAUGAUCGCGAUCGCAUCAUGAGGCGCAGUGCUACAUUUUUUGCGGACAAGGAAGUAAGCAGCUCAGAUGAAGCACAUGGAAAUACCGCGGCUUGUAAUCGGGGAAUUUCACUGAGCGAGGGGGCUUCUUGCAAGAUCGGGAGGCUGGCAUCGAGAAGAAAGAAAUGGGCAUCGGUGAGACGCGGGGAACUUUACUUAGCGAUGGAGGAGUCCAAAACACCGAGAUGCUCAAGGAGAGUGAGAUUGCUGGAUGUUUCCUAUGUUAAGCGCGCUACAAUCUUGGUUUGUUCUGCAGAACAAAGAAACGGGCAUCCCAUGUCGGAAGAAGCGGCCAGUUUACCUGACCGAUGGAGCCACUGGGACACUGGAGCAGAGUGUGAUUGCUGGAGGCGAUCAUUCAGAGGUAUGUGUUCGCUUGCUAGGCCAUGCACUAUAUACAAAUUUCCAAGAUGUCAACCAUAAGGAGAGUUAUAAGGAGAGACAACGAUGCUAACUGGAGCAGCUGUCAAGGGGAAGUACAAGAUCAGGAAGCUUAGAAAAUUUUCUCUAAAUAUGUAAAAACCUAUGGCUGCAAUCUGCUUUCUUUUUCUUAAGACAAUCUUUUUUAAGCUUA